AUGGAUAUAAAGACUAUUAGAAAUACUANGAAAGUGCUAGAUGAACUAAUGGAAUUACCAUAUUUCUAAGGUAUAGUUGGAGGCACACCAAAAAGAGCAUUUUAUAUACUUGGUAGAAUUAAUGAUCAUUACAUUUAUUUGGAUCCACAUUAUGUUUAAGAAGCUGAGAAUAAAGAUCAAAUCAUUGAAAAUAAAAUGUUCAAUCGAACAUCUUACAGUUGCAAAUACAUUCACUUAUUAAAUCAAAGGCAUGUAGAUACCUCUAUGGGACUAUCUUAUUAUAUUCGAAAUAAAAGUGAAUUACUUCAAUUUUGGAGAAAUGUAAGUUCUUUCAUAAUAUGUAGAUGAAACAAAUAAAACAAAAAUCAGAUGAUUUCUUCAUUUUCCUCUCAGAUACUACACCUGAAUAUGUCGAUUAUAGCAAUUAACUAGAGGAAAGCAGUAACAAACUUAAUGAUGAUGAUGUUGUAUUUUUAUAAUGA